GGCUAAAAGUUGUUAUAUUUUAGGACGGAGAGAGUAGCUAGGAGGCUUUAAUACACACGUCACACUGUACGCUGUGAAGGAACAAUGGGUUUCUGGCGCCGGUGCACACCGUCGACAUCGGCCUGUGCAGGCGUCUGUGUCGUCGCCCUCCUCCUUGUGGCUUUGGCUUGCUGCCCGACGCGCGCACGCGGCGCUGCCCCGGCGGUGUACGUACUUGGCGACUCGCAGGCGGACGUCGGGAACAACAACUACCUGCCAGCGACGCUGCCGAUGUACAAGGCCAACUACCCUCACAACGGCGUCGACUACCCGGGGGGCAAGCCCACCGGCAGGUUCAGCAACGGCUACAACUUCGUCGACUACCUUGCUGACAGUCUCGGGGUGGCCAGCCCUCCUCCAUACCUCUCUAUAAGCAACACCUCGGUAUACCUGAGGGGUGUCAACUUUUCUUCAGGAGGAUCAGGGGUGUCUAAUCUCACAAACAUGGGUCAGUGCAUCAGCUUCGACGAGCAGAUAGAUCAGCACUACUCCACUGUUCAUGCAACACUGGUGGAGCAGCUCGGCCCGCGUCAGGCCUCGACCCACCUUGCCGAAUCGCUCUUCAGCGUCGCCAUCGGCGGCAACGAUAUAAUCAAUCGCGUCCUGCUGAGCCAGCUCGUGGGCACCCAAGACCAAUUCAUCAGCUCACUGGCCAACUCCCUGAAACGCCAGCUGCAGAGGAUGUAUGACCUCGGGACGCGAAGGCUUUUAUUUGUGGGCGCGGCGCCACUGGGGUGUUGCCUGAUGCUGCGGGAGCAGAGCCCCACCAAGGAAUGCCACGCGGAGGCCAAUUACCUAUCAGCUCGGUACAACAACGCCGUCACCAUGCUCCUCCGCGACAUGAGCGCGAUGCACCCGGGCAUGAGCUACGCCUUCUUCGACACGUACACCGCGUUGCUGCAGUACAUCCGGCAGCCAGAGGCAUAUGGUUAUACUGAGGUGAAAGCAGCAUGCUGCGGCCUAGGGGACAACAACGCCAUGUUCCAGUGCACUCCGGCAAGCUCGUACUGCGCCAACCGAACAAGCUACAUGUUCUGGGACAUCGUCCAUCCGACGGAGAUCACGGCCAAGAGACUCACCAAGGUUGCGUUUGAUGGAUCCCCGCCGUUGGUUUACCCGAUAAACAUCAGCCAGCUCACUGCGAGUUAGGCAUCAAGUAUAUAUAUAGUACUUUUGCAGUGCUAUCGAUCUACCGAUGCAUGAUUACCUGCAAAAAUUAUCUAAACUAUUAGUUUAAUUAAAAAGUACUCUACCACCAGUAGAAAUAAUUAUAAAUGACUCAUUGAAGGAGAAAUGAUAUA